GUGGCCACACACACGUCGAGAGAUCCACAACGACGAGUUGGAGCCGUAGCUGUUGCCGCCGCUCUUCGUCUCCUCUCCUCCCUCUUUUUCUCCCACCUGUUUCGUGUUUGAAUAAAUUAGAAUUUAGGCAUUAGGAAAAGAAAAAAAAAUCUUGAAAUAUAAAUUAAGGCUCGCAUUUAAACAAGAAAUUAGGCACUCGAAAAAGAAAAAAGAAAUCCUAAAAUAGAAAUUAGGGCUCGCGCUCUUCUCGCGUUCUGCCGCCGCCGCGUUGCUGCUUCUUCUUCUUCUUCCCAGGAUGGCAACAUACAAUGAGGAAUACUCACAGAUUGGUGUGUCUCGAGAGGAAAAAGACAAGUUGGUUGGAGAAGUGAUCCGCUUUGUACUUUUCAAGACUCACCAAAACUCUGGAUGCCCUAUAAAGAGGGAAGAAUUGACACAACUAAUAACAAAAAAUUACCGUCAGCGCUCCCUUCCGGCCCUUGUCAUAAACGAAGCCAGAGAAAAAAUCUCAAACAUUUUUGGGUAUGAGAUGAAAGAAUUGCAGCGUUCCCGUCCUGCAUCGAACAAGCAGGGCCGUGCUCCUCAACAAAGUGCCGUUGAAGCAAAAUCAUAUAUUGUUUUGAGUCAGCUGCCAGCUGAUAUUUAUAGUAAAUAUAUUGAGGAUAAAAAGACUUCACACAUGACUGGUUUCACUUUUGUCGUCAUCAGCAUCGUACAUCUCGCAGGAGGUAAAAUCUCGGAAGAGAAUCUCUGGCAUCAUUUGAGGAGGCUGGGUUUAAACGAGAGUGAUGAAAACAAUGCUGUCUUUGGUAACACUAAGCAAACACUUGAGAUGCUUGUACAUCAAAGGUACCUGCAAAAGGAAAAAGUUAAUGGUCCUGAAGGCAAUAUCAUCAUGUAUGAACUUGCAGAAAGAGCUUUGGAUGAAUCUAUUGCAGAAAAGUUAAAAGAUUACAUUGGCCAGGUUGUUAGUAAUGAUACUGCUGCUGAGGCUGAUUAAUAUGGCUGAAUGAUAAUCGUCCAGCAAACUCAGGCCGACUGACAGGAACGAUCUCAAUGGCAAAGUUAUUAGCCAUUUUGAUGAUAUAAACCUGAAUCCUUGAUCAAAGCUUCUAUGUUCCACCAGUUUGAUGUCCAACAUUUUGCACCUCCUUUUGCCAAAUUCAGCAGGCAACUCCAUUAAUCCAAAUUGCUGCAGACCGUGGGAGGAUGACUUUUCCGUUUGAGAAAUCUGAUGAAGCAGAUGAAAACUGUAAUUGUUGCACUCAGUGGUCUCCUUAUAAGGAGAAUGCUGCAACAACUAAUGCCAACCCAGAAAGAGUUGGAAGGUUAUCUGAUUACAUUUAAACUUGUGGAGUAUAUCGGAUGUGAUCGAGUGUUAAUGGCUGCGGGCAAGCCUUCACUCCUUUGUCCUUUCUGUAAUCAUUAUUAUUAUUAUUAUUAUUAAAGAAUAAAUGAUGAAGAUAGAAUUUAAAUUAA